UACCGGUAGCAACCAGUAAAUUUCGAAGCAUUCGUGUGUAGUCGGAGGUAGUUUUUGUUUCCUAUCCUCUAGAAAAAGGUAAAAUGGAACAACAACAGCAAGAAGAUACAUAUGAGGUUCCAAGGCUUCAGGUUGAAUCAAUCGUUGGCUUCAAUGGAAAAGUGAUCAAUGGCCUUCGAGUUCAUCCCGACAGACAGCACAUCAUAUACCCUCUGGGUUGUGCAGUGGUCAUCGAGGACAUCAGUGGCAACGAGAAACCAAGCCUGCUUUGGGGACACACAGAUUAUGUCACUUGUAUAGCAGUUUCCAACAGAAAUGGUGAUCUGAUUGCUUCAGGGCAAAAGACUCACAUGGGCUUCAAAGCAGCUGCUAUUGUAUGGGAUUACAGAUCACAGAAAGCUCUCUACAAACUAGAACUCCACAAAGUUAAUAUACAGGCCCUAGUAUUCUCACCAAAUGACCUUUACCUUGCCUCUCUUGGAGGCAUAGAUGAUGGCAGUGUUGUUAUCUGGAACAUGGCCAAUGGACAGGCGAUCUGUGGUUCCCAGGCUCAGGUGGAGAGUGCUGGUAACACUCUGUGUAUCAGCUUCUCCAAAGUACGAGAUGACGUGUUCGUGACCGGAGGAGAGUCAACUCUGCGUGUUUGGGAGCUAGAUGUAGAGAACAGAAAAAUCCGCCCAUCAGAAGUCCAGCUGGGACAACUAAGCAGACAAGUCAACUGCAUAUGUAUGGAUGAUGACAACCAGGAAGAACCAUACUUCUACUGCGGCACAACCACUGGUGAUAUUCUUGCAAUCAACAUGAAGACGAGGAUUUUCAGAUGCAAGGCCCCAGAAAAAAAAAGCUUUGAGCAGGGUGUCACCGCCCUCGCUCACUUGAAAAACAAUAACUUCCUUGUUGGAACUGGCUGUGGCAAACUGUAUGAGCUGAAAUUUCCUACACCAGAAGGCAAGGGCAAGCAGACAAAACCAAAGGAAGUUAGGUCUUGGAGCGAUGCGUCUGUGAAGAGCAACUCAGAAGCUGCCAUCACAUCCAUCGCCCUGAGAGGAGCGGGUCAUCAGUUCUUUGUGGGCACUGCCAAUGCCAGAAUGUACAAGUUCGGGUAUGAAUGUACAAACAAGUCUGGGGUCAUGGCCUUUGACGCUUGUGACCUUAUCAAAACCUGCCACUCAUCCCCUAUCAAUGAUGUCAUCUUCCCACCAGGCACAUCUGACCUGGUAGUGAGCUGUCAGAAGGAGCAGAUCAGGAUCUGGGCCAUCAAGUCAAUGAAGGAGCUUAAACGUUUCAUUGUCCCCAACAUGACCUGCAACGCCAUCGCUCUGGCAUGCAAUGGACAGGCCAUUGUAUCCGCGUGGGACGAUGGCAUCAUUCGGGUGUUUGGGUUCAACAGUAAGGCGAGCAAUGACCUUGUGUUGAGAAAAGCGAUCACAGCUGCCCACAACAAGGGGGUGACAGCCCUUGCCUGCACACAGAACAACUCCAUGUGCUCUGGUGGGCAGUGGGACUUCAACAUCGUGUCUGGCGGAGGAGAGGGACAGGUGAGGAUCUGGUCAUUCCGGUACGAUGGUCGGGGAGAGCCAUCCUACUCGCUGCUGGAGACACUGAAGGAACACAAGGGCUCCGUCUCGGCCAUCAAGAUCCGUAAUGAUGACAAGGAGUGUGUGUCUGCCAGUACAGAUGGAACCUGCAUAAUCUGGAACCUGGAAAAGCGUUCCCGUAGCCAGAUAGUGUUUGCGAAUACCCUAUUCAAGUGCGUGUGCUACAGCAAGGAUGAGUCACAGAUCUUUACGAGUGGUUCAGACCGCAAGAUCGGGUACUGGGAAUGCUUUGAUGGCUCUCCGAUCCGAGAACUGGAGGGCUCUAAGACUGGCGCAGUCAAUGCUAUGGACCUCUCCCCAGAUGGCAACUACUUUGUAACUGGUGGAGAUGAUAAGCUUUUGAAGCUGUGGACUUACAAAGAAGGGUCUGUGGUAGCAGUAGGGACUGGCCACAGCGCCACCAUCAUCAGUAUCAAGAUCUGCCCACAACAGAAGUACAUCACCAGUGUGAGCGAAGAUGGGGCCAUCCUCUGCUGGAGAUUCCCCUUCUAGUUAACACAUCUGUGCUUAGAUAUUCCAGUUUUCCAUGUCAUCUGUAUUGUAUUACUUUGCAUGACAAGCGAACUCGAUCUGUAAACAGUGUUUAAAAUGAAAUAUUAGUUGCUUACUGUUAAAAUUUCAAGAGGACAACUUUUCUUUCAUGAUAUUUAGGUAUUAAUCUCAUUUAGAACUUUUUCCUUGGUACACUAUCGGUAUGUGUUGUUGAAUGUAGAAAGAUGUGAAAGUGGUUAUACAAGGAUUAUGAGUGUGCAGAACUUUGCUAAGAAAGUGUACAACAUGAGAAAUGUUUGAUUUGUUUCCAGUGUUAACCAAAUUAUCACUACAACCUUCAUCUUGAAAGAACGUUGAAGAAAGUUGUAAAAAUAUCUAUUAGUUAAAUAUGAAUAUGUUUAGUAGUUUUUUGUCCAGUGAAGUUCGAGGAAUAUGUGUCAACAACCAUAUGAAUUGUUUUUGCUUGCAAUUUUUGUUAUUACUUAAAUGUCAGUGCAUUUUAUGUGAAAAAAUUUUUUUGUAUCCAUAGUUAUAUAUAAAACAUAACUUAUAAAUAUUCUAGUAUUAAUUUGUUGAUUUAGAGGACAUUGUUUGCCUCAUUUCGUCUGUGAUAACAUCAGCCAUGUGCUUUUAGUUUUAUACUGUCCAAAAAUUGAAGGUUUAAACAUUUUUAAAGAUUCAAAUUGUAUGCCAAAUAAUGAAAGUAUUGUACAAUAAAUGUUUAUUACAAAAACUUGCUGUAUUUCUUCCAUUUCAUAAUGUUUUGUUAUAAUUAUGUUAGUAUUUGCACAGGUUGUGUUUUUGUCAGAAUAACUGAAGUCAAAGCACUGCUUUUCUCUUUUGGGAAACCAUCCAGUGUUGGUAGGAUUGCGGGCACUGAUCAUAUAAGUGUUCCAGUAUUUGGCUUUAUAUUGAAAUGCUUUGCUCAUUUAUUUCCUACUUACCCCGGUACAUGUAUAUGUAGUCGUGGAAUGGUUUUUAAGAUAAGUGUUUUGUUUCAUUAAUUUGUAAAUUCCAAUGCAUUUUACUUUUCUUGGUAUAUGAACAUGAUUUUUGUGUAUAUUUAAUAAAGUAUCUAUUUCUCACAA